CAUGAUGGAGGUUAGCGAAAGCCGCGCGGAAAGGGACACAGACUCCGAUCUUGGGGAUGAUUCUCCGUUGUCCAAUACGGCGGACGAACAGUCGGACCACGACACGGACCGGGGGCAGGACGGCGAGUCGAGCGACGAAGGUGUUAAUGUAAAUCGGCCGCCGAUCGGCCGACCAAAGAUGACAUCCGGCAUGGAGUUUGGCAGAAGUCCAGACCAUCACUCGGAGCUAAGUCAAGCGACGCAGGCGGUGGCCCAGCUUGGCGCAAACCACCCCCUGGGCGUUCUGAGCAACUUGACGGCCCUUAACAUGAACGUGCCGAGCCUUUCGGGGCUGGCGUCGGGUCUCCAUCAUGGGGAUGUGCUGGAGAAGCUAAAGAUGCAGGUGCGCGACAUGAAGGUCGGGGCGCUGAUGGGCGAGCAGAUGGCCGCGGACUUCGCGGCUUCCCUGCACGCCGCCUCCCCGUUCGGGGCGGCCCUCGCAGCCAGCGCGGUCAAUGGGGCCGCCAACGGGGCGCUCGGAAUGUUCGCAGGGGUCGGCCGAGAUGGGGACCUUCGCGGCAGUGCCGGUGGCAGCCGGGACGCAUCGGGCAGCGGUAGUUCUGGUUCCGGUGGUGGUGUCGCCGCCAGCGGCGCGGGAUCGCAGAACCUAUCGAGUGGCGCUCAAAAUGGGGCCAACUUCUCCUUCACGCUGCCGAACGCUCCGAUCAGCAAAGACGGCAAUCCCGGUUCCAAUUCGUCAACCUCGAGCGAAACGUCGAACUCGUCGCAGCAAAACAACGGCUGGAGCUUCGAGGAGCAAUUCAAACAAGUACGACAGGUAAGCCAAGGAAACAGAUACGGCUGCCGCCGCCACAAUUCGCAAUGGAAAACCCUGUACGAAAUCAACGAUGACCCGAAGCGGAAGGAAUUCCUGGACGACCUGUUCCUGUUCAUGCAGAAGCGAGGAACGCCAAUCAAUCGUCUACCGAUCAUGGCCAAAUCGGUGCUGGAUCUGUACGAGCUGUACAACCUGGUGAUUGCCCGCGGCGGGCUGGUCGACGUGAUCAACAAGAAGCUGUGGCAGGAAAUCAUCAAGGGUCUGCAUCUGCCGUCGAGCAUCACCAGCGCCGCGUUCACUCUGCGCACACAGUACAUGAAGUAUCUCUACCCGUACGAGUGCGAGAAGAAGAACCUGAGCACGCCCGGGGAGCUGCAGGCGGCCAUCGAUGGUAAUCGGCGCGAGGGUCGUCGUUCGAGCUAUGGCCAUUUUGAUUCGCCGUCGGUGCAGCGUUCGCCGAUACCGCAGAGCAUCUCGCAAAUGCCGCCCCUGUCGCUGGUGUCGCACGUCAACCAGCAGCAACAGCAGCAGCACCACCACCACCACCACCGGCUACUGCCGCCGGUCGGGCAGCUGCCGAACAUUCUGCCGGCCGAGUUCGAGCAGCGCAUGCUCGACUACAUCAAGCUGUUCCAGCCGAAGGAGAUGGCCCGCGCCCAGAGCCCGGACCAGGCGAGCAAACUGUCGGCCCUGAACGCGCUCGAGAUCUCGCGCGUCGCCCUGUGGAACAUGUACAAUCCGGCCCCGAACAGCCCUCCGAACUCGCUCAACACCAGCCCGGAGAACAACAUGCAGAGUGCGCUCGAUCUGUCGGAAUCGCCGGACCACGCCAUGGCGCCGAUCAAGCGGGAACGGGCGGAGCAUCAUCCGGUCGACUUUAGUAGUGACCCGCGGGACUACAGCACCGGACCGCCGCCGGCCAAGCGCAGCCACCACCACCACAGCCGCUCGCUGACGCCGCUCAAGCUGCACAGUUCGUCACAGGACGAGGACGAAGCCCGGUCCGGUUCCGGCACGCCGAUCAAUCUGCGGGAAAACGGAGGCAGCUCCAGUCUGCACCAUCACCACCACCACCACCACCACCAUCAUCAAAAUCCCGACGAGGACGAGGAGGAAGAGGAGGAGGAAGAGGAGGGACCGGCGGAGGCACUAAUGCACCACCCGCUGGCACUUAGUCUGGCCGACCACCACCAUCUGCAGCAGCAGCGUGCUCACCAACAGGUGGCAGCACAUGUCGCCGCAAACAUGUAUCCAGCGCCACCUGAGGCCGAAAAUCUGAAGCUGAACCUUGGAUUUAGCAUGGACCGCGAACGCUGCGAAAGUGACAAGAAACAACAGGCGCAACAGAAGCAUCAGCAGCAAUUGAUGGCCGAGCAGCAACACCAACAGCAACAGCAACACCAAAGGCAACAACAGCAAGCAUCGAAGUUGGCGAAGAACGGGAAUGGCGAUCACCGGCUCAGCGUAACUCCGGACAGCGAGUUUCAUCACACGAAAAGCAGCUCGGCGGCGGCGGCGGCCACCGGUGCCGGUGGGGCUGGCCUUCCGGAUCCGUUCAGCUCGCCGCUCGGAAUCACCGGCAUGCAAUUCAAGCUCAUCAGCCGAGCAUGUCUGGCAGGAAUUACCUCACAUCAUCAUCAUCAUCAUCAAGGUGGUGCACGGUGA